UUCUAGUUGUUUUCAACAGGGAAAGGUAUUGCUUUAAAUGUGCAAUUAAUUUAUUUACUGGAAAUAAAAACAACACAACCAUGCCAACUUAUGAAAUGCCAUUGUUAUUACGAAUAGGAAGUAAGGUGGAAUAUACAAAUAUUUUGAAGGCUGUGGCCAAUGAAAUAUUUGAAUCAGGUGGAUUUAUUAGAAGAAUUGAGAACUGGGGUGAUAAAGAACUUCCAUGCAAAGCACCUGCCCAUGGUAAAGUUCAUACACACGCUGGGCAUUUUAUGUUUUGCUUUGAUAGUCCACCAUCUGAAAUAUUCAACAUCUAUGAUUAUUGUAAAAGAAAUUUAAGUAUUAUUAGAACACAAAUAUAUAAGGAGUUUGUACCAUCAAAAAAUGUGGAAUGUUCAUUGGAAGAAGAACUAUUGCCUCCAGCUUAUAGACCUAAUGUUCAGAAACUUUUGGAAGAAAGCAAGAAACACAAAAGUGGCAAAGUCAAAUUCCACUACAAUUCUGGUCUUGAUUACUAUCCUUUCAUAAAAUAA